AUGAUCCUUGUAGGCGAUUUGAAUGCUCAAGUAGGUCGUCUGAGUUCCUUGGAAUCAUAUUUGGGCGGUUGUUUCGGAGUCGAUGUCCGUCGCACAGACAUCGAAGAUCCCUUAGUAGUUUCCUUCUGGAGCACACCACUUGAUUCCGAUGACGCCAUGGUUCGUGCACGCCUGACAGUUCAUUUCCCUUCAGACCCUCGCAAGCCAGUGAGAAGCAUGCCAAUCCACUGUCUUCGAAGAACUACUUUAGUUCAACAGUAUAGAUCUGAGUUAGCCCAACAACUCUCCACAGUAAGUCGAUACUGUGGUGGCAGUGAGCAUGCGGAUGAACCUUGGCAAGACGUGAGACGAGAUAUAUUGGCGGAGUUCAGUGCUGUCUGUCUGACUUCUCCGAUUCAAACACAAGACCGCCGGAUGUCGUCAGGAUCGCUAUCCAUUAUUGAUGCCAAGAAAACUAUACGAGCAAGCAACGAGUACGACGGCGCACACAGAUCCCUCAAACGCCAAAUAUUGAAGAGUCUAAGGAAAGACCGAGAGCUCUGGUGGACGUCGAAUGCUCGGGAGAAGAGCACGGUCAGCGAAAGGAUAAGUGAAAAACAUGGCUCAUUAAUUCGCUCGCAAGAGCGCCGACUGGAACGAUGGGUCGAAUACUUUGGAGAGCAGUUCAGCUGUCCCCUUGCAACACAGCCUGCGGAGGUAAUGCAUAAGGGCGAAUGGAAUGUAAACACUAAUCGCUCUUCGGAAGAAGAAAUAAAGUACGAAAUAUCCGUCCUGAAACGCGCGCACCAGGGUUCGGAAGAAGAAAUAAAGUACGAAAUAUCCGUCCUGAAACGCGAAAACGCACCAGGGUCGGACGGUCUUCAAAAAACACAGAAUCCAUCUGACAAAGCCUACUGGUGUCAUAUGGAACGAAGAGUAGGUGCCCGCGGAAUGGGGUACGUCGACAGUUACUUCUAUCUCCGAAAAGGGUUCACGGACACUGUGUGCAAACCACCGCGGCAUCAGCCCGGUAGCUGCGGCAUCAAAAGUACUCCGUUGACUGAACACAGGGAGAGAGAGAUCCGUGAAAACCAAGCUGGGUUCCGUCCUGCAAGAGGUUGCAUCGACCAUACCUUCACCCCCCGACAGAUUCUGGAGCAGCGACACUGCUUCCAGCCACCAACAAUUGUUGUGUUUCUUGAUCUGAAAGCCGUCUUUGACUCUGUGGACCGUCAGCGGUAUCUAUGGAGCAAAGGCGUCCCCCAUAAAUUCUUGACGGGGCGAGAUGGUCCAAGUGGUUGGAGGGCGAAUUUACUGACUGGAAGGCCUGGGCAACCUGGCAGUAUCCAAGCCAUCGUGCAACCUUCGGGUGGCAUGGCAGUUAAGCACCGAAAGGGCGCUACAGCCGAACGAUUUUUUAAGCUCUUGACCCUCCUUAAGGCGCUGUACGCCAACUCCCGCGGUCGUGCGAAGGUCUACGGGAAGCUCUGUUCUGAGUUCGCCACAUCAGAUGGUGUCAGACAGGGCUAUCCUCCUUCACAUUUCCUCUUCAACUUCAUCACCGAUACGAUCAUGGAAGACUCAUUAUCAGCCUGUAAUGCCUGUGGGGUCGAAGUGCUCCCGGGGCGUCCGCUUUCGGGCAUCAAGUGGGCAGACAACAUAGCUGUUCUUGGAUCUGACCCCAUGGCAAUGCAAACAAUAGUAAAUAAGCUGAAUAAUUCCGCCUCACGGUUUGGCAUGCACUUCACACUUCCAAAGUGUAACGUCAUGUCAAAAAUCCUGGGCGCCUUGACAGCCAGUGGCCCCUUGCUAUUUCGUCAGUUGUUUGAGAGUGUGUCUUCGACAUACACGUACUUACUAGCGGACCGUGUUUCCGGCAUCGCUACGAUCAUUGACCCAGUCCUAGAAAUGGUCGAUCGGGACUCAAAGCUGAUUAAUGAGCUAAACCUCAAACUAGGACCCAUUAUUAACACUCACGUACACGCGGACCAUGUGACAGGCAGUGGUCUACUCAAACAACGAUUUCCUGGGAGUUUCAGUGUUCUCGGACACUACGAUAAUGUUCUGGCGGAUCGCAAGGUACGGCACAGAGAUUUCAUUGAGUUUGGUCAAUUCAAACUGGAAUGCCGAGAUACCCCAGGGCACACCAAUGGUUGCAUGACCCUAGUAUUGCAUGCAGCUGAGAUGGCUUUCACCGGCGAUGCCCUACUCAUUCGUGGCUGUGGCCGUACCGAUUUUCAAUCCGGCUGUUCUGCCACUCUGUACGAUUCGGUGCACUCGCAGAUCCUCAGUUUGCCCGAACACUUUCUCCUCUUUCCUGCACAUAAUUAUUCCGGACAGAUGGUCACGACAGUCGGUGAGGAGAAAAAGUACAAUCCUCGCUUCACUCGUUCAAAAGAAGAAUUCAUCCAACUCAUGGAUAACUUAAAAUUGGAUCUGCCAAAACAGUUUGACCGGGCAAUGCGAUUAAAUGUGGUCUGCGGUAUCGAACCCAAAUGAACGAUCAUUCUUUUCCAAGCAUUACUCUGUAUGCGCCCUGUUUGAUACAACUCUUCCACCUAUCUAGAAGCACAUUAGUUUAUGCGCUGUGAUUGUUUUUUAAACCUUUUUCUAGCUCUCACUUGAAAAUGAGUCAUCUUUACUUUCCACCAUCUGAAUCCGUUGCUUGCCAGAUCAUAACUUCAGUUGUCGUAGAUUACAAAUGGCUGUUCUAUUUUUCUAUAAGAAAAAUCUUUCGAAUUUUUCUAACAAGUGUCCUUGGUUUUCUUGUAUUUGUCAUCCUAUGAAGUCAUAUAAUUGUAUUUGGUAAGUGCGUGUUUCACACCGAUUGGCUGCUAAUUUUUGAGGGUACAAUCUAUUCG